AUGUCUACAGAUCUCUGGUACGUCCUAUCCGCCCAGGCUGCUGUCCUAGGCAUACGGGUGCCUCUCGUGGGCGGCAAACGUCCUGGAGAGCUGCACGGAAGUCUCAAAGGACACGCAGUGUGUGAUUGAGAAUAAUUCAGAGCUGACAUUUGUGUUUCUCAUAGCCCCGUGUAUGCCGUAAGUGCUCCCCCAGAGUGCGCCGCGAGAGACGAGCUUCUCCUGGCUUGCCCCAGCCUAGCCCACGUUAUGUUGCGACAAAUUAGCCUCGGAGCUUCGAAAAGCAAAAUGCAUACCCACCGAGAGGUCAAAGAAGAAUGAAAGAAGCUGAAAGAUGACAAGGCUACGAUGGAAGAUGAUGGAAGUAAAUGCUGAUCAUGGUCAAUAGCCCUUCUUCGGUGCGAUGGGCUGCACAAGCGCCAUCGUCUUCACCUGCUUCGGUGCGGCAUACGGAACCGCAAAGGCCGGUGUUGGUAUUUCAUCGAUGGGUGUUCUCCGACCUGAUCUGAUUGUAAAGAGUACGUUCCUACGGCGAUACAUGUGCUCGAUUGGCUGGAGUCGAGCACUCCGCCACAUGAAGCAAUACAGGCGUUGCGGAUUACUGAUACGGCGUGCAGACAUCAUUCCAGUCAUUAUGGCUGGUAUUAUUGCCAUCUACGGUCUUGUCGUGUCUGUCCUGAUCUCCAACGAUCUGCAGCAGAAGGUUUCGCUCUUCGCUGGCUUCAUCCAAUUGGGCGCCGGUCUGUCUGUCGGUCUCGCUGGUCUUGCCGCAGGUUUCGCCAUCGGUAUCGUUGGAGAUGCAGGUGUGCGUGGUACCGCACAACAGCCACGUCUGUUCGUGGGAAUGAUUUUGAUUCUCAUUUUCGCCGAAGUGUUGGGUGAGUAACGGGAGGGGGCAUUUUCUGACUUGUAAUAACGUUUCGAUCGCUGACACGCUUUGCAGGUCUCUACGGACUUAUUGUUGCUCUGCUUAUGAACUCGCGCGCUGGAUCUGGCGCCGAGUGCUAA